AUGGCCGAUGACAGAUUCUUUGAGUUCUUUGCGCUCCACUCGCCUGUACUCCAAUUGGCACGGUCACGACAUGAAAUUCUUCCCUCCCCUCCACCUUUCUCUCUCCUAAUCUCCAUACAUACACUUCUCCACCCACCACAAGAAAAACACACAUUAAUCAAUGGACACGUAUUCUUUCUUUCUUUCUUUCUUUCUUUCUUUCUUUCUUUCUUUCUUUCUUUUUUCUUUAUAUUAUUUUGUUUCUUUCUUUCUUUUCUCUUCUAUAACGACAUUCUUUCUUUUUUCUUCCCUUUGGAUAUACAAUUUUCAAACUUUUGUAUACAUAAUUUUGUUUCUUUUUACAAUUCGGUUUUAUUUCGUCCUUCUUUUCUUUCUUUCUUUCUUUCUUUCUUUCUUCUUUUGUAUAUACGAUUUAUUUCUCUAUCUCAGUUUGUUCAUAUGCCUCCCCCCUCUCUCUCUAUGCCGAUCUAUUUCAGCUUGUUCAUUAUCUAUCUAUCUAUCUAUCUAUCUAUCUAUCUAUCUAUCUAUCUAUCUAUCUAUCCUGGUCUCUUCUUAUCUGCCAUUAACCUACUUAGCGAGCCUGUUUCUUUCUCUUCUAUCUAUCUAUCUAUCUAUCUAUCUAUCUAUCUAUCUAUCUAUCUAUCUAUCUAUCGCUCAAAUCUAUCUAUCUAUCUAUCUAUCUAUUUUAGCCUGUUCAUUAUGUAUGUAUUUAUUUAUCUAUUUCAGCGUGUUCAUUAUCUAUCUAUCUAUCUAUCUAUCUAUCUAUUUCUGCCUGUUCCUUAUCUAUCUAUCUAUCUAUCUAUCUAUCUAUCUAUCUAUCUAUCUAUCUAUCUAUCUAUCUCCGACUGUUCAUUAUGGUUCUAUUUAUUUAUCUAUUUCAGCGUGUUCAUUAUCUAUCUAUCUAUCUAUCUAUCUAUCUAUCUAUCUAUCUAUCUAUCUAUCACAACCUGUUCAUUAUCUAUCUAUCUAUCUAUCUAUCUAUCUAUCUAUUUUAAGUGUUUUCCUUAUCUAUCUAUCUAUCUAUCUAUCUAUCUAUCUAUCUCAGACUGUCCAUUAUGGAUCUAUUUAUCUAUCUAUUUCAGCGUGUUCAUUAUCUAUCUAUCUAUCUAUCUAUCUAUCUAUCUAUCUAUCUAUAUCUAUCUAUCUAUCUCAAACUGUUCAUUAUCUAUCUAUCUAUCUAUCUACCUAUCUAUUUUGAGUGUUUUCCUUAUCUAUCUAUCUAUCUAUCUAUCUAUCUAUCUAUCUAUCUAUCUAUCUAUGUGUGCGUGGUUAGAACGUUAG